CGUGGCAGCCGUCCACCUUCUCAGGCGUUUCGUAACCGAGUAAACUGAGAGUUGGGAACAGCCCUCUAUUAAGUAGCAGACCAGGGAGAGGUUUUUCCCACUUGGAGCCGGCAAGCCGUCCCAGACGGACCCUCAUUCUGGAAGCUCCAAAAACCGCGGGGCAGCGGUCCCUUCUCCUCCCAGCUGCGGCUGCCGCUCCUCCUCCUCACACUCCUCCGCCUCCUCCUUUUUGCUCCGCAGUCUCCGCUACUGCUGUAUCUGCGGGGAGCUGCUCCACCACCAGGUGCCACCGGAGCUCAGUCUCCCGCUUCUGCCUGCUCUCCACACAUUCAAGCGCCAGGGCUAUUCACAGAGCCCUCACCAGCUAGAGCACCUCCUGUGCAUCAGCGUAGAAGACUCUGCUACUCUUACUACUACCAACACAGAUCCAUUCAUGUGGUUGUGAUUGGAGAGAGUCCAUCAUGAAGAUUCGGCUACAUUCAGCAUUUGCUGCUGUAUGUGCAGCGUUCCUCUUAUCUUCGAUAGAGGCGGAAGUUGAACCACCUUCAGACUUGAAUUUUAAAAUUAUAGAUGAAAAUACUGUUCACAUGUCAUGGGCAAAACCGAUUGAUCCCAUAGUGGGUUACAGAGUAACAGUGGAUCCUACAACUGAUGGGCCUACAAAAGAAUUUACCCUUUCUGCUAGUAACACCGAAACUUUGUUGUCAGAUCUUAUACCUGAGAUAGAGUAUGUUGUGACAAUAACUUCAUAUGAUGAAGUUGAAGAAAGUGUACCAGUUAUAGGCCAACUGACAAUUCAAACAGGUGGUCCAGUAGAUCCAAAGGAGAAGAAACCUGGACAAACUGAGAUACAAAAAUGCUCUCUCAGUGCCUGGACAGAUUUAGUUUUCCUAGUGGAUGGCUCUUGGAGUGUGGGAAGAAACAAUUUCAAGUACAUCUUAGACUUCAUUGCUGCCCUUGUGUCUGCUUUUGAUGUUGGGGAAGGAAAGACCAGAGUUGGUGUUGUCCAGUACAGCUCUGAUACCAGGACUGAAUUUAACUUAAAUCAGUAUUACCAAAGGAAAGAUCUUCUUGCUGCGAUUAAAAAAAUACCAUACAAAGGUGGCAAUACAAUGACAGGGGAUGCUAUUGAUUAUUUAAUUAAGAAUACUUUUACGGAAUCAGCUGGAGCAAGGGUUGGCUUCCCUAAAGUGGCAAUUAUUAUCACGGAUGGCAAAUCUCAGGAUGAAGUGGAAAUUCCAGCAAGAGAACUUCGGAAUAUUGGUGUUGAAGUUUUUUCCUUGGGUAUCAAGGCUGCAGAUGCAAAAGAACUCAGACAAAUUGCCUCCCCUCCUUCACUCAAGCAUGUUUUCAAUGUGGCUAACUUUGAUGCAAUUGUAGAUAUUCAGAAUGAAAUCAUUUCUCAGGUGUGCUCAGGGGUUGAUGAACAGCUGGGUGAAUUGGUCAGUGGAGAAGAAGUUGUAGAACCUCCUUCAAAUCUGAUUGCCACUGAUAUAUCAUCAAAAUAUGUUAAGCUCAGUUGGGAUCCAUCACCCAGUCCCAUAACAGGCUAUAAAGUCCUUCUCACACCAAUGAUACCAGGAAGUAAGCAACAAGCUUUAAGUGUGGGUCCUCAGACUACCUCUUUAAAUGUAAGAGACCUUUCUGCAGAUACGGAAUACCAGAUCAGUGUCUAUUCUAUGAAAGGACUGACAUCCAGUGAACCCAUUUCAAUAAUGGAAAAGACCCAGCCAAUGAAAGUUCAAGUGGAAUGCUCCCGCGGUGUAGAUAUAAAAGCCGAUAUUGUGUUUUUAGUUGAUGGCUCUUACAGCAUCGGAAUUGCCAAUUUUGUUAAAGUUAGAGCCUUUUUGGAGGUCCUUGUGAAAAGCUUUGAGAUUUCACCGAACAGGGUACAGAUCAGCCUUGUGCAAUACAGUCGGGACCCCCAUACUGAGUUUACUUUGAAAAAAUUUACCAGAGUUGAAGACAUCAUUGAAGCUAUUAACACAUUCCCCUACCGAGGUGGAUCCACAAAUACGGGCAAAGCCAUGACCUAUGUGAGAGAGAAAAUAUUUGUGGCUAGCAAAGGAUCACGAAGCAAUGUACCAAAGGUUAUGAUUCUUAUUACUGAUGGCAAAUCAUCAGAUGCCUUUAGAGACCCUGCUAUAAAACUGAGGAAUUCGGAUGUUGAAAUCUUUGCAGUUGGUGUCAAGGAUGCAGUUCGUUCUGAAUUGGAAGCUAUUGCCUCUCCCCCUCCUGAAACUCAUGUGUUUACAGUGGAAGAUUUUGAUGCUUUCCAGAGAAUAUCAUUUGAACUCACUCAGUCUAUCUGCCUUAGAAUUGAACAAGAAUUGAAAGUUAUAAAGAAGAAAUCUUAUGUACCACCAAGAAAUCUGAACUUUUCUGAUGAGACUUCAUACAGUUUCAAAGUCAACUGGUCUCCAGCUGGAGAGCAUGUUUUUACCUAUCAUAUCACAUACAAGGAAGCUCCUGAUGGUGAAGCGCACACUGUUGUAGAGCCUGCUUCCAGUACUAGUGUUGUUCUGGAUCACUUAAAGCCUGAAACAUUGUACUUGGUCAAUGUGACAGCAGAGUAUGAGGAUGGUUUCAGUGAUCCCUUAACUGGAGAAGAAACAACUUUGGAAGUGAAAGGUGCUCCUCGAAACUUAAAGGUGACAGAUGAAACCACAGAUAGCUUUAAAAUUGCCUGGACUCAAGCCCCAGGGAAAGUCCUAAGAUACCGGAUUGUAUAUAGGUCAGUUCCUGGUGGACCAAGACAAGAAGUCACAGUUCCAGCAAAUGAAAGAAGAAAGACACUUGAAAACUUGACACCAGAUACAAAAUACGAAGUGUCUGUUAUACCUGAGUACUUUUCUGGUCCUGGAAGCCCACUGACUGGCAAUGCAGCUACUGAAGAAGUUCGAGGAAAUCCAAGAGAUCUGAGAGUUUCUGACCCUACGACAUCAUCAAUGAAGUUAUCUUGGAGUGCAGCUCCUGGAAAAGUCAAACAGUACCUUGUAACUUAUACUCCAGUGGCAGGAGGUGAAACCCGAGAGGUAACUGUGAAGGGUGAGACAACCAGCACCCAACUGAAGGGCUUGGACCAAGGCACAAAAUACUCCUUGUCAGUGACUGCCCUGUAUGCCUCUGGAGCUGGUGAUGCCCUUUCUGGAGAAGGAACAACACUGGAAGAACGAGGUUCUGCUCGGGACUUGAUUACUAAAGACAUUACUGAUACUUCCAUUGGAGCAUAUUGGACAUCAGCUCCAGGGAUGGUUCGUGGUUACAGAGUCACAUGGAGAUCCCUUUAUGAUGAUGUUGAAACUGGAGAAAAGAAUGUUCCUGGAGAUGCAAUUCACACUGUGAUAGAAAAUCUACAGCCGGAGACGAAAUAUAAGAUUUCAAUAUUUGCCACCUACAGCAGUGGAGAAGGGAAUCCUCUGAUUGGAGAAGCUACGACCGAUUUAUCUCAAAAAGCAAGGACUCUGAGAGUUGAUGAUGAGACUGAAACAACAAUGAGGGUCACGUGGCAACCAGCACCUGGUAAAGUUGUGAACUAUCGUGUUGUGUACAGGCCUCGAGGAGGAGGAAGACAGAUGGUGGCCAAAGUGCCACCCACAGUCACAUCAACUGUGUUGAAACGACUUCAGCCUCAAACUACAUAUGACAUCACAGUGCUUCCAAUUUACAAGACAGGGGAAGGAAAGCACAGGCAAGGAUCAGGAACCACACUAUCCAAAUUCAAAAUGCCCAGGAACCUCAAAACAUCUGACUCAACCAUGUCAAGCUUUAGAGUCACUUGGGAACCAGCCCCUGGGGAAGUAAAAGGCUACAAAGUCACUUUCCAUCCUACAGGAGAUGAUCAGAGGCUUGGGGAAUUAGUUGUUGGUCCCUAUGACAAUACUGUUGUUUUGGAGGAACUUAGGGCAGGCACAACCUAUAAAGUAAAUGUUUUUGGAAUGUUUGAUGGAGGAGAAAGUUCACCACUGAUUGGACAAGAAAUGACAACUCUUUCAGAUACAACUGUUAUGCCAUUUUUAUCCAAAGGAAUGGAGUGUUUCACCAGAGCUGAAGCUGACAUUGUACUACUGGUCGAUGGCUCUUGGAGUAUUGGUCGGGCUAAUUUUAAAACCAUCAGGAGUUUCAUUUCACGUAUUGUUGAAGUCUUUGAAAUUGGCCCCAAAAGAGUGCAAAUCGCCCUUGCUCAGUACAGUGGGGAUCCCAGAACAGAGUGGCAGCUGAAUGCUCAUAAGGACAGAAGAAGCCUGUUGGAUUCAGUGGCUAAUCUACCAUACAAGGGAGGCAAUACACUGACAGGAAUGGCUUUGAAUUUUAUUCGCCAAAACAACUUUAGGCCACAGGCUGGCAUGAGACCCCGAGCUCGCAAAAUUGGUGUUCUCAUCACUGAUGGAAAAUCACAGGAUGAUGUAGAAGCUCCUUCAAAGAAACUAAAGGAUGAUGGAGUGGAACUGUUUGCUAUUGGUAUUAAAAAUGCAGAUGAGUCUGAGUUAAAGAUGAUUGCAACAGAUCCAGAUGACACUCAUGCAUACAAUGUGGCUGACUUUGACUCACUUUCAAGGAUUGUGGAUGACCUAACUGUUAACUUGUGCAAUAGUGUCAAAGGUCCAGGUGACUUGGAAGCACCUUCUAAUCUUGUUAUAUCCGAGGUAACCCAUCGUUCCUUCAGAGUGAGCUGGACACCCCCAUCGGACAGCGUGGACAGAUACAAGGUGGAAUAUUAUCCAGUUUCAGGAGGGAAACGCCAAGAAUUUUAUGUGAGCCGCCUGGAAACUAGUACAGUGCUCAAGGAUCUAAAACCUGAAACAGAGUAUGUUGUUAAUGUGUAUUCUGUAGUUGAAGACGAAAAUAGUGAACCUUUGAAAGGCACUGAAACAACCUUGCCAGUCCCUGUUGUUUCCCUGAAUAUUUUUGAUGUUGGACCGACUAAUAUGCGAGUGCAAUGGCAGUCAAUUGGUGGAGCUACUGGUUACUUGUUGUCCUAUAAGGCAGUCAAUGCUACAGUACCUACAACUCCCAAAGAGAUGCGUGUUGGAUCAUCAGUGACAGAUAUGCAGCUGGUUGACCUCAUUCCCAAUACUGAAUACACUGUAACUGUCCAGGCAGCAUUGUACGACCUCACCAGUGAUCCAGCCACUGCCCGGGAAGUAACUUUACCCUUACCUCGCCCUAGAGGUUUGAAACUCACAGAUGUUACCCAUAGCAGUAUGAAUGUCAUCUGGGAUCCUGCGCCUGGCAAAGUACGAAAAUAUAUUGUUAGCUAUAAAACAGAAGAAGAUGAUGAUGUAAAACAGGUGGAAGUAGAUAGAUCAAGGACAAAGACCUCUCUUGGUGAUUUGAUUUCACAAACUCUCUAUACUGUCAAUGUUGUAGCAGUGUAUGACGAAGGGGAAUCUCCUCCAGUGACUGCUCAAGAAACUACACGUCCUGUGCCUGCACCAAUUAAUCUGAGACUUACUGAAGUCACACCAGAUAGUUUCAGAGGAACAUGGGACCAUGGAGCUUCAGAUGUAUCUCUCUACAGAGUGACAUGGUCACCUUAUGGAGCCAUGGAAAAAAUGGAGACUAUCUUAAAUGGUGAUGAAAAUACUUUGGUUUUUGAAAAUCUGAACCCAAACACACUCUAUGAAGUUUCGGUUACUGCCAUUUAUCCUGAUGAAUCAGAAAGUGAUGACCUCACUAGUAGUGAGCGAACAUUGCCUGAAAUACCUGUAACUACUCUAGCUCCAAAAAGUGGUCCACGAAAUCUACAGGUAUAUAAUGCAACAUCCAAAAGCUUGACUGUUAAGUGGGAUCCUGCAAGUGGGCGUGUACAGAAAUACAGGAUCACUUAUCAGCCUUCCACCGGGGAUGGCCCUGAACAAACGACCACCAUAGGAGGAAGGCAGAACAGUGUGGUUCUACAGAAACUGAAACCAGACACACCAUACUCAAUUACUGUUUCAUCUCUGUAUUCUGAUGGUGAAGGAGGAAGGAUGACUGGCCGGGGCAAGACCAAACCUCUCAAUACUGUGAAGAACCUGAGGGUGUAUGAUCCUUCCACCAGUACUCUGAAUGUUCGAUGGGAUCAUGCUGAGGGCAAUCCCCGCCAAUAUAAAGUUUUCUAUGCACCAACUGCUGGUGGUCCGGAGGAGAUGGUAACAACUCCAGGGAACACCAAUUAUGUUAUUCUGAGGAAUCUGCAACCUGACACACUUUAUACAGUAACAGUAGUUCCAGUUUAUACUGAAGGGGAUGGGGGACGCACUGCAGACACUGGAAAAACAUUGGUAAGAGGCCUGGCAAGAAAUGUCCAAGUAUACAAUCCCACGCCAAAUACCCUUGAUGUUCGCUGGGAACCUGCACCCGGACCUGUCCAGCAGUACCGUAUUGUGUAUUCUCCUCAGACUGGCACCAGGCCUUCGGAAUCUAUCACAGUACCAGGAAAUACCCGCACAGUGCACUUGGAGCGCUUGACUCCAGAUACGCCCUAUUCUGUGAACAUCGUGGCUGUGUACUCAGAUGGAGAGGGAAACCCCAGCCCUUCUCAGGGCCAAACAUUACCACGAGGUGGGCCAAGAAACAUGAAAGUCUUUGGAGAGACAACCAAUAGCCUUUCUAUUUCCUGGGAUCAUGCUGAUGGACCUGUUCAACACUACAGGAUCAUUUAUUCUCCUACUGUUGGUGACCCGAUUGAUGAAUAUACCACAGUACCUGGAAGAAGAAAUAAUGCAAUAUUACAGCCCCUGCAGACAGAUACUCCAUAUAAAAUUACUAUUGUUGCUGUUUAUGAAGAUGGGGAUGGUGGACAUUUAGUGGGAAAUGGAAGAACUGUUGGACUACUCCCUCCUCAGAACAUACAUAUCACUGAUGAAUGGUAUACAAGGUUCAGGGUUUCCUGGGAUCCUUCACCCUCUCCUGUUCUUGGUUACAAAAUUAUCUAUAAACCAGUAGGUUCUAAUGAGCCCAUGGAAGUAUUUGUUGGGGAAGUGACAUCAUACACACUGCACAAUCUGAACCCUAGUACCACGUAUGAUGUGAAUGUUUAUGCUCAGUAUGAUUCUGGGCUCAGCGUACCACUGACUGAUCAAGGCACCACAUUAUACUUGAAUGUGACCGAUCUGACAACUUACCAAGUGGGAUGGAAUACCUUCUGUGUUAAAUGGACUGCUCACAGGGCUGCCACCUCUUACAGACUGAAGUUAAAUCCAUCAGAUGGAACAAGAGGGCAAGAAAUCACAGUCCGUGGAUCAGAAACAAGCCACUGUUUCAAGGACCUUUCACCAGACACUGAUUAUGGAGUCACUGUCUUUGUUCAAACACCAAAUCUUGAGGGACCUGGAGUUUCUGUUAAAGAACACACAGCGGUUAAGCCAACAGAAGCCCCAACAGAGCCUCCAACACCUCCUCCUCCUCCUACAAUCCCACCAGCCCGGGAUGUAUGUAAAGGUGCCAAGGCAGAUAUUGUAUUCUUGACUGAUGCCUCUUGGAGUAUUGGUGAUGAUAAUUUCAACAAAGUUGUGAAAUUUAUUUUCAAUACUGUGGGAGCCUUUGAUCUGAUUAGUCCUGCUGGAAUUCAGGUUUCAUUUGUUCAGUACAGUGAUGAAGUAAAAUCAGAAUUCAAAUUGAAUACCUAUGCUGACAAGGCUCAGGCACUUGGGGCUCUUCAAAAUAUUCGGUACAGAGGUGGAAAUACAAGAACAGGGAAGGCCUUGACAUUUAUCAAGGAGAAGGUUUUGACUUGGGAAAGUGGCAUGAGAAAAGCUGUUCCUAAGGUACUUGUGGUGGUCACAGAUGGUCGGUCACAGGAUGAGGUCAAGAAAGCUGCUUUAGUCAUUCAACAAUCUGGUUUCAGUGUCUUUGUAGUUGGUGUAGCUGAUGUGGAUUAUAAUGAACUUGCAAAUAUUGCCAGCAAACCAAGUGAACGCCAUGUUUUCAUUGUGGAUGACUUUGAGUCUUUUGAGAAGAUUGAAGAUAACCUAAUAACUUUUGUUUGUGAAACUGCCACUUCAAGCUGCCCUCUCAUUUAUUUGGAUGGAUAUACUUCACCAGGUUUCAAGAUGCUGGAAGCCUAUAAUUUAACAGAGAAGAACUUUGCUACUGUACCAGGAGUGUCCCUGGAGUCAGGAUCUUUUCCCAGCUAUACAGCUUAUAGGCUCCAAAAGAAUGCCUUCGUGAAUCAGCCUACAGUAGACCUACAUCCUGACGGCUUACCACCAUCUUACACGAUUAUCCUGUUAUUCCGACUUCUUCCAGAAAGCCCCAGUGAUCCAUUUGCAAUUUGGCAAAUAACAGAUAGAGACUACAAGCCUCAAGUUGGAGUGGUUGCUGAUCCUUCCAGCAAGACAUUGUCAUUCUUUAACAAAGAUAUGAGGGGCGAGGUUCAGACAGUAACUUUUGACACAGAUGAAGUGAAGUCACUGUUUUAUGGAAGUUUUCACAAGGUUCAUAUUGUGGUUACUUCAAAAAGUGUUAAGCUUUAUAUAGACUGCUAUGAAAUAAUAGAGAAAGACAUCAAGGAAGCUGGGAACAUCACAACUGAUGGUUAUGAAAUUCUUGGAAAGCUUAUUAAAGGUGAAAGGAAAUCAGCUGCGUUCCAAAUCCAGAAUUUUGACAUAGUAUGCAGUCCAGUGUGGACCAGUAGAGAUAGAUGCUGUGACAUCCCUUCUAGGAGAGAUGAAGCAAAAUGUCCAGCUUUUCCAAAUGCUUGCACAUGUUCCCAGGACAGUGUUGGACCUCCUGGACCACCUGGACCAGCGGGUGGCCCUGGUGCUAAAGGCCCCAGAGGAGAGAGAGGAAUUAAUGGAGCAAUUGGACCCCCAGGUCCUCGUGGUGAUUCAGGUCCCCCAGGCCCUCAGGGUCCUCCAGGUCCUCAGGGACCUAAUGGACUCUCAAUUCCAGGGGAACAAGGUCGACAAGGGGUCAAAGGUGAUACAGGAGAACCCGGACUUCCUGGCAGAUCAGGCUCACCAGGUUUACCUGGCCCACCAGGCCCCAUGGGACCCCCAGGAGAUAGAGGAUUUACUGGAAAAGAUGGUGCAAUGGGACCCAGGGGCCCCCCUGGACCACCGGGCAGCCCAGGAUCUCCAGGAGUCACAGGUCCAAGUGGAAAACCAGGAAAACCCGGAGACCAUGGGAGACCAGGACCAUCAGGACUAAAAGGAGAGAAAGGUGAUAGAGGAGACAUUGCUUCCCAGAACAUGAUGCGAGCAGUUGCAAGACAAGUCUGUGAACAACUGAUCAGUGGUCAAAUGAACAGAUUCAAUCAAAUGCUGAACCAGAUUCCAAAUGAUUAUCAUUCAAAUCGCAACCAGCCUGGACCCCCUGGUCCACCAGGUCCACCAGGAAGUGCAGGAGCAAGAGGAGAACCUGGACCUGGGGGAAGACCAGGGUUCCCAGGCACUCCAGGGUUGCAGGGACCACCUGGAGAUCGAGGAUUACCAGGGGAAAAAGGAGAAAGAGGCAUUGGAUCACAAGGACCCCGAGGUUUACCUGGACCACCAGGGCCCCAAGGAGAAUCCAGAAUGGGUCCACCAGGAUCUACAGGCUCAAGAGGUCCUCCUGGUCCACCUGGUCGUCCUGGAAAUUCAGGUAUUCGGGGUCCAAUCGGUCCACCUGGAUACUGUGAUUCAUCCCAGUGUGCCAGCAUCCCUUACAAUGGUCAAGGAUACCCAGGUUCCGGCUAACAAAUUUUCUAAGUCGCCAGUGCUGCUUACAGUUUGAAUACAUGAAAAUCCUGUUUCUGAGAUGUUUGCGCACGUGCUUAUUAGGAAAUGAGUCUGUAUGGAAAUGUCAUCACAGAUAUGGUUAAUGAACCGCGUUGGCAUCAUAAAAAGGGGAGACUCUAUAUACUAACUCUUGAAUGAGAACAAAGGACAGUGGUGUCCACUUAUUACUGUUGCAUUUCAGUCAUAACGUAGACAACAACCACAGAUGGUAGUUCAGACAAACACAAUCAACCCAAGCCUCGUUUCUCAAGGAGGCACGUAAAACUACUAACCAGUGGACAUAAUGCCAUUUCAAGGGGAAAAAAAAAUACCUAUUUAACCUGGUCAAAGAGAAGAGUGUUCUGUAAAUAAUAAACUAAUUGUGGCUUGUAAAUGAUUUGUAUGGGAUCCUGUCACUAAAAUCACUUACCAUUUCUACAAAAAAGCUUCUGCAACCAAAGCCUGCUGCUUGCUGUCUGCCAGAAUAACACUGUAGGAAAACUUUUAGUCUCUUGCUUGUUAGCAACGUAUCUGAGUCAGGGCAUGUGCCUUCUUUUGUAUAUGUAAUCUUGUUUGGGUCUUUUAAUUGCCAUCUUCCAUACCAAAGGCUUUUUUUUUCUUUUUAAAAUAACUACUUCUUUUCUGUUUUGCUGUAGUCAUUGGUGUACCUUGAUCACCAGCUGUAACUCAAUCUGAUAUGAGGAACAGCACCUGAAAAUGAUGUGUACUGUAUAUUAAUCCCUGGUGAUAGCUAACUUGUACAGUUGUUUUUGACCUCAAGAGUUCAGUGUUUAGAUGCCAAUCAAACUUCCCCUAACAUGACCAAGUUGUUCUUUGAACUGAUGGUUUCAAAUACCAUGAAUAGCUAUUUUAGUACUUACUGAAAUACCUAUCCAGGUAUUAUAUUACGUUUACAAUGCAUUGGGCCCCGGGCCAUGGCCCUCUCCAGGUGUUUUGUGCAAUGAUUGUAUUAUAAUCUGCUGGAUCAUAAAAACAACAUCAACAAAAAAGGUUUCUUGUUAAAGCCUUUUCAUUUUUUUAUCUCCCCCAAAUUCUGUGUGAAAAUGGAAGUAAUCAGAAAACUGUUAACUUAUAUAUUUAUGGUUUUGAAAUUAAGACUGGAUUAACAUGGCGUGGGGAGGCUAUAGACCUGUUGCUGUGCAUGUGACUUCCAAUUCGUGACUUAACGAUAAUGUUGAAUCGGACAACUAUUUUCAACCAGAGCCUUAUGUGCCUGAAAGUGGACCCUAUCUCCCUGAGCGUGAGCCCUUCAUAGUACCAAUGGAGCCAGAAACGACAGCAGAUGAGUAUGAGGACUAUGGAGCUGAUAUGCCAUCAGAAGGAUACCCUCCCCAGAUGCGCCAGAAAAGAUCGUUAUCGAGGAAACCGAGGAAAAUAAGAUCAUGAAAUCCAUCUUUCUUUUCUUGAUGCAAGGAUGGGGUGGGGUGGCCUGGAAAUGGGUGGGGAGAGAAAGUGGAGUUUUCAUUUGGAUUGUGUUCACAUUUGCAGGGCUGACAGAAUAUGUCCCCCUUUUUGUUCUGUGAUAUUUCCUUCUCAGCAUUUCCAGAUGAUGAAACACCCCCUGACUGUCUGGCACCAUGCUUCGGCAGGUUGUGUCACAGGCGGGAUGGGAUCUAUAGAAAUAGGUUUACUUUCGAAAAGCUUGUAAAAUACUUUGCUUUGCAGAUACUGGUUUGAAUUUGAUGUCCAGCUAGCCCAGUGCAGCAUGAAAAUGAAGAAAAAAAUUAAGUCUCCAAGCUUGUAGCUGCUAUGUAGUUUUGGUUUUCGGGGGGUGGCAGCCUUGAUUUUUAGAAGUAGUCAUUUUCCUAGGACUAUUUCCCCUAUCAAAUGCUUAUUUACAAUUUAGUCAUUUCACAAUUCAUGUUACUGCCCUAAUAAAAAACAAAAACAAAAAGCAACUCCAUUGCCAUUAUUUAUCUUAUUUUUCUAUCUUCAGUUAUAUUUUAGGGCAUAUACUGCUCUUAUACAUCUCCUUUACCAACCACAAACCUUAAGUAAUGUAGCUGAAACCAUUGUAUCAACUGGGUGCAGUUUUAUAAUGCCUUCAAUCUCCUUGAUUUAGACACAUUAACAUUUAUGCCAAAUUGCAGACAAUCCUGCAGAGAUGGAAUUGCAUGUUUGUGUUGUAUAUUUAGUAUGGAUUUUUUUUCAGAAUAUAAUGUUUCCUAGUUAUCAAAAGCAGUUGGAAAAUGUUUGCAAGACUAUGGAAAUAGAAUUGCUGCUUUUAUAUUUUAACUGCAAAUUGUGAAUUUCAUUGCCUUAUAUUAUUUAUUUCUGAAACAAAAGAGGCAUUUUUCAAUAAAACUACUGAAAAUCUGA